AUGGUGUUGAGCUGGCUGUGGCCGCAGAAGUCGGUGGCGGGGAGCGUCGUGGUGAUCACUGGCGGCGCCUUGGGGCUCGGCCGCAUGCUCGCUAUCCGCUUCGCGCAACUCGGCGCCGUGGUGCUGGUCUGGGACAUCAACGCCCCCAACGGCCAGAAGGUCGUUCAGGAGAUCACUUCAGCCGACGGCGGCGGAGAAGCGCACUUCUUCCACGUGGACGUGAGCGACAAGGCCAAGGUCUACGAGACCGGUCGACGGGUGCUCGAGCAGUUCGGGACGGUGGAUAUCCUCGUCAACAACGCUGGAAUCGUAUGUGGCAAGACACUGCUGGCGACGUCGGACGCGACGAUCGAGCGCACGUUUGCAGUCAACACCUUCGCGCAUUUUUGGACGCUGCGGGCGUUCCUGCCGGACAUGGUCAAGCGGAACCGCGGCCACAUCGUGUGCAUCGGCAGCGCCGGCUCGCUCUUCGGGUUCCCGAACAUGGUGGACUACGGCUCGACCAAGUUCGCGUCCUACGGGCUGAUGUGCCACCUGCGGCAGGAGCUGCGGUCGCUGGGUAAGUACGGCAUUAACCUGACGGUGGUGUGUCCGUCCUUUAUAAAGACGGGCAUGUUCGAGGGCGUGCGGGUGCCCAUGCUCACGACGUGGCUCAGUCCGGAGUACGCCGCUGAUCAGGUGGUCAAGGCCGUAAGACGCAACCAGUGGCGGGUGCUCAUGCCGACCAUUGUGGGGCUCCUGGCGCUGGUGGUGGCGCUGACGCCCAUCGGUCUGUACGACUUCAUGAUGCGCAUCACGGGCGCGCUGAACGCCAUGAAGAAGUUCCGCCAGACGCGCGUGAACCCCGAGCGGAGCGAUGAGGAAGCGAGCGGUGCUGCUCAGUGCGAGCCGCAGUUCAGCAUCAAGGACGGACGGCCGCUCGACAGCCUGCAGAUCCACCACAAGCACAUCAGGGCCACCUCGGCCAAAGGCGGAGGAGGAAACCCAUUCACAGACUUGCAAAGGGAAGGACACGGCAAGGUUGAGGCCUAA